UGUCUGCGCUGGUGUAAAUUUAUCAUUGCCGGAGAAACUUGUGAAUUUUUAUUGCGUUUGGCGUUUGAAUUAUUUUCACAGCAUCCGUAAAGAUUAAUAAAUUUUGUAUUACUAUCGAAAAUUUAGCAUGGUGUGGGGAUUUGUGACUUGUGGCCCGAACGAGGCGCUUGUGGUUUCAGGAUGCUGUUAUAUGAAACCCCUACUGGUACCCGGUGGCCGUGCCUUUGUGUGGCCUACUAUACAACAGGUGCAAAGAAUUUCACUCAACACCAUGACCCUGCAAGUAGAGAGUCCAUGUGUCUACACCAGUCAGGGUGUGCCCAUUUCGGUAACCGGUAUUGCACAAGUUAAAAUUCAGGGGCAAAAUGAGGAUAUGUUGCUGACGGCAUGCGAACAAUUCCUCGGUAAGGGUGAAUCUGAAAUCCAGCAUAUAGCUUUGGUAACGCUGGAAGGACAUCAGCGUGCUAUUAUGGGCUCCAUGACGGUUGAGGAAAUUUAUAAAGACCGCAAGAAGUUCAGCAAACAAGUAUUUGAAGUGGCUUCAUCGGAUUUAGCUAACAUGGGCAUAACUGUAGUAUCUUACACCAUUAAAGAUAUACGCGAUGAAGAGGGUGACUCAAAGGGCUAUCUAAAAUCUUUGGGUAUGGCACGCACUGCCGAGGUCAAACGCGAUGCACGUAUCGGUGAAGCUGAGGCGCGUUGUGAUGCGCACAUCAAGGAAGCCAUUGCCGAGGAGCAACGUAUGGCAUCGCGUUUCCUCAAUGACAUCGAAAUUGCCAAAGCGCAACGUGACUUCGAAUUGAAAAAAGCCGCCUACGAUGUGGAGGUGCAAACGAAGAAAGCCGAAGCUGAAAUGGCUUACGAAUUGCAAGCGGCCAAGACGAAACAACGCAUCAAGGAGGAACAAAUGCAAGUCAAAGUGAUUGAACGCACACAGGAGAUUGCCGUGCAGGAGCAGGAGAUACAACGUCGCGAACGUGAACUGGAGGCCACUGUGCGCCGACCAGCUGAAGCGGAGAAAUUCAGAUUAGAGAAAUUGGCUGAGGCCAACAAGUUACGUGUGGUCAUGGAGGCUGAAGCCGAAGCCGAAUCGAUCAAAAUCCGUGGUGAAGCCGAGGCCUUCGCCAUUGAAGCCAAAGCCAAAGCAGAGGCCGAGCAAAUGGCACAAAAAGCCGAAGCUUGGCGUGAAUAUCGCGAAGCAGCAAUGGUCGAGAUGUUGCUGGACACAUUACCAAAGGUGGCCGCUGAAGUUGCCGCACCAUUGUCGCAAGCCAAGAAGAUCACCAUGGUCUCGAGCGGACAGGGUGAAAUUGGUGCCGCCAAGUUGACCGGCGAGGUAUUGCAGAUAGUUAACAAAGUGCCGGAAUUGGUGAAAAAUAUAACUGGGGUCGACAUUGCCCGGUCCAUGCAUGCUGGCUAAACUAUCAACACUAAGCUACUACAACAAAAUAAAACAACAACACAUGUACGAACAAAUUGACGGCAAAAGAAAAUAAGAGACAAAUUAUGAAAGAACUGUGUCAAAUCCUUAAACCAAAGAAUUUCAAAAAUUAACAAAUAAUUUUAAUUAAAUUAAAGUUGCCAUAUUAAAUUAUUUACUAUCAAAAAUAUAUAUUUGGCCUAAAACAACGAUAAGUUUCAGAAUGAAAAAAUUUCGAAAAAAACAACUAAAAAUCAUUUCAAACACUAAGGUCAAAAAUAGCAAAAUUUUCUAAAUUGAAAUUCAUAAAAAUUUUAUGGAGUUAGGGAAUUUGGCAUUACGUAACGGUAAAUUUAAGCACAAAUUCUUGAAAAUCAGAACAAAAAAUGAAGGAAAAUAUUAAAAAAAGGAAAUAAAAUAUAAAAAAAGAUAACAAACAAAUAUGAAAUGUAAAUGUAAAGCAUAAAGUGCUAUGCAUGCCACAAACUAUUUGCAGCCACUGUAUUACUGCAUGAAUUGCAUACAUUUAUUGUGAAGCUUUAUUAUAUUUACAAAUUUCAAUAUAUGCUUACAUAAAUAUACUCGAUUGUACACUUGUAA